AUGCGCGUAGUGCCGCACUGCCAGUGCCCCGCAGAAGUGAAGGUGCGGUACUUGAAAGAGGGUGGGGUUGUUGUUAUUUUGGGGGGCCCCCACUCGGGGGCCUGCUGGGCCGCGCGGGGCCGCAGCUACAAAACGCCUGCUGCAGCAAAAGACUUCAUUUGGAGACACUCUUACCUGUCUCCGGGGGCCCUCAGUCUUUGCUUCCAGUCCCCAGACUUGGCCCUCCAGCUGGCCCGCGAGGGGCCCCCCCCCCUUGCUGCUGCGCCGCCCCGCGCGGCCAUUGAGCACUGCCUCUACGCAGCCCGCAAGCAGCAGAGGGGCCCCCCUGCUGCUGCUGCUGCUGCUGCGGAGGGGGAGGGAAGCCUCCAGCUGCAGGCGGGGGCUGCGGGCGCAGGGGCAGGGAGGGGGCUGGGCGGCAGCAAGGAGCAGGAGGCAGGUGCAGCAGCUGCUGCUGCUGCAGGUGCUGCUGCGCCUGCUGCUGCUGCUGCUGCUGCUGCAGGUGCUGCUGCGCCUGCUGCUGCUGCUGCUGCUGCUGCAGCGGGAUGCGACGGGGGGGAGGCAGCAGCAGCAGCAAAUGGACACGGGAGGCCCCCGGACCCGUACGUCCUACAGGCCCUCAGCACCCUCGAGCCCCUGAGGGGCCCCCCUAGUGGGGGGGCCCCCCUCCCGAACCGCCACUGCAGGAGGGGCCUCGCUCGCGCUGCACUUGCUGCCAGGGGGGCCCCCGGGGGCCCCUCCAGGAAGUCUUCGCGGCUGCGGGACCUGUUGCUGCGGCAGCAGCCCAAAGCAACUUCCAAGAAGCCCGCCAAGGGGGGCCCCCGGAAUAAGGGAAAGGGGGGGCCCGCAGGCGAGGCAGAGGGGGGCCCCAAGGAGCCCACAGCAAACGAGGGGGCCCCAACUGAUAAGACUGAGACUACGGGGGCCCCUAGUGAUAGGGCUGAGACUACAGAGGCCCCCAGUGAUAGGGCUGAGACUCAGGGGGGCCCCAGUGAUAAGGCUGAGACUACGGGGGCCCCAAGUGAUAAGGCUAAGACUACGGGGGCCCCCAGUGAUAAGGCUGAGGCUACGGGAGGCCCCAGUAAUAAUGGUGAGACUACGGGGGUACCCAGUGAUACUGCUGAGACUACGGGGGCCCCCCGCAAAGGAGGGUCUGAAGCGGGGGGGGGGGCCCAAGAGGCAUCCGAGGGGGCCCCUGAAGGGGGCCCCCCAGGGGACUCCGCAGAGGCCCGCGUGGACAGCAGCAAAACGACAGAAGGACAGGAAGCUUCACAGGUACCAGAGGGGCCCCCAAAUGGCCCUGAAAGCGCAGCAGGGGCCCCCACGGACUCCCCUCCCGUGGGGGCCCCCACGGGGAGGGGCCCUCAGGGGGGCCCCCCAGCAAACCCAGAAGGACCCACUUCUAAGGGGCCCCCUGAGGAUGCUGCCUGGCCAGCUUUGGCUGCUUACUUUCUGCGGCAGGCGCGCCGAAUUGAAGAAGAUCAGGAGGGCCUCGUGGGGGCCCCCCUCUUGGGGGCCCCAGGGGGCCCCCAGGGGCCCCACAGCAAUCAAAGCAAUCAAGGGGGCCCCCAGGAAGACCAAGACAAACAGCGCGAAGGUACUUUCAACACUUUAGAGGGUACUGCUCUGGAAGGGGGCCCUGCGGGGCUGGCGGGGGGGCGGGGAGGAUAA